AUGUGUGUAACACCUGAUUAUGGGAACCAAGGUGCCCGUCUCGCUCAGGCGGCCAUGAGGCUGGUCAGGUCAGGUGUUCCUGGUAGUCGAACACGGGCUCCUGAUGAGGCAACAUUCCUUCCUCGUCCUCUCCCCCUUCGUAUAUGCCGGACGUUGAGAGUUACGCUGGGAAACGACUUCGUUGGCAGAGCACAAGUCAUGGGUCGUAACGCAGAUCCAACUGAUAAAGACGGGAGAGGAAAGGCGAAGAAGGGGGAGGAGGAGGAGAACUCCGCCAUCUUGGAAGUGGUCGAAAUCUGCAAGAACGGGACCCCUGAUCAAUUCAAAUUGGACGAAAACGGCUGCGUGGUAGGAAUCACGAGCUUCGAGGAUUUGCUGGAGAUGAUGAAUCCUUUCGGGCGAUGGAACAUCAUCACGUUAUUGGCGAGUUGCCUCGGAGUCAUCGUCCUUCCGUUCCAAGCGAUUACUUACCAGUUCCUGGGUGAUACUCCCGAGUAUUGGUGUCAGGUCGAUGCUCUGAACGAGGCGAACUGGACUCAGCAACAGAUCAUUGACCUCGCCAUCCCUUUCAAUAGCACAGACGCGGACGAGAAGGGUUGUAAGUUCUACAACUACGAUUACGCGAAAGCCGUGGAAAUGGGAUACGAGUCUGCGAUCGAAAAUCGAGACGCGAUCUCUGUCGGCGAUCAUUCGCCCAUCUACUGCUCGUCUCGCCAUUUCAAUGUCAGCCAUUAUAGUGCGACCCUAGUUGCUGAGUGGGAUUUGGUGUGCGACAGAAGAGCGAUCUACUCGACGACCCAGUCGGCUUCGCAGCUUGGCGUUCUGAUAGGUGUCUUAUCCUUCGGAUACUUCAUGGACCUGCAUGGCCGUAGGCCUAUAAUCCUUCUAAACGUAGGGCUUAGCCUAGUGGCCGGAAUGGCGGCUGCAGCCACUCCGAUACUUCCUCUGUACAUCAUCUUCAAAAUUCUCGUCUCCUGCUUCAAUUACGGUUAUUUCACCGGGUGCUUCAUUUUCAUGAUGGAGAUGUGUUCACCCAGCCAACGAUCCUCAAUAGGCAGCGUUGGAGGUAUUCCAUGGUCGGUGGGUUAUAUGAUAGUGCCAGGCAUAGCCUACCUGAUUAGACCAUGGAGAUGGCUGCAGGUCGCAUAUACAUUUCCUACCAUUUUCUUCUUCUCUUAUUACUGGCUGAUACCAGAGUCCCCUCGCUGGCUGAUAUCCCAAGGGCGUUGCGAAGAGGCAGCUGAAAUCCUUACCAAAGCUGCCCGAGUUAAUGGCCGCUGUUUUCCUCCAACAAAUGCACUCGUUCAGUCGAUGAAGAGGAUGAUUGGACAGAAAGAAGAAAAACCCAAGGAAAAUCUCUCUCAGCGCAUCGUCUCCAGUUUGAAGCAUUUCUUCAUCCUGGUACUUAAACCCGAGCUCAGGAAGAACAUCAUCAUCAGUUACUUCUGCUGGUUCGCCGUCUCCAUGGUGUACUAUGGCAUUUCCCUCAAUUCCGGGAACCUCAGCACUGAUCCCUACAUGUACGUGUUCCUGGGAGGCCUGGCCGAGAUCCCAUCUUACUUCGUCACCUGGGCGAUGAUUUCUCACCUGGGAAGGAGAUUGUCGCUGACUACGUACUACGUCGUCUGCGGAAUCACCAUCUGUAUCAUAGCCAUCCUCUUGGCAACGCAGGACGAAGUGUCCUUCGGUCUACUCAUCUUCCUCUCCCUGGUGGGGAAGAUCGCGAUCGUGUCGGCGUUCCAUGUCGUCUACAUCUACACCGCUGAGCUCUUCCCGACGAGGUAUCGAUCUCUGGCUGUCGGGGAAUCCAGCAUGAUGGCUCGAGUCGGGAGCAUCACUUCGCCUUACAUCAACGAUAUAUUGGGCGCCGGGAUUACCUGGGGUCCUUCGGCGCUCUUCGCCGUCAUGUCCGCCGCAGCGGCGUCCUUGUCCCUCCUCCUGCCGGAGACGAGGGACUGCAUCACGGAGAGCACGGGCGCGACGAAGGGGAACACAGAGGAAGGAGACGACGUCAAGAUCGAGAUGAAGAAUGCUGCCAAAGACAACCAGGCUUUCAGCGUCGACUGAUGAUAUUAAAGAGAUUUUAGUCGGUUUUGUAUUUAUUCGAAUAUAUAUAUGUAUUUUAUACAGGGUGUCCAUAAAGUCCCAGUACCAUUGCAAGUAUUUAGUGCUUGUAAUGGUACUGGGACUUUAUGGACACCCUGUAUAUUAUGUACGUGGUGAAAGUUUCAGAAAAAAAAAAAGAGACAUCAGAAAAAGAAAAGUCAUGUUCUCAUAAGAAUGCUAUAGUAAUAUAGCAUUCUUAUUCUGGGGAUUUGUAUCCCUGUAAAUAAAUAAAUAUUAGCCUUCUGAACAUAUCCCACGAAGGAAUUAUAAGUAACUGAAGUAGGCAGCUGGAUUCACUAAGUAAAAGAGGCCGUAUAGGCCUAUACUCGUACAUUUUUACGAAAUAUUAUUGUCUAAAAUGUUAUCUUUUUAGGAGCCAUAUUUUUAAAUGUUUAAUCUGUUAAUUUUUUUUAUAUAUUUUUAUAAACUACGGAAGAUGGAGGUUGUUGCUCAAUAAAAACGUUAUAUAACUAU